AUGGAUAGUAGUGUUAUAGUUCCGAAAAUUACUGAUUCGGAAGGAGGACAUGUACAAAAUGAAUUCUAUCGCUUCAUCAAUGAAUUCGAAAAUGCGAAUGGAACCCUCAUCUAUAAGGAGGAAAUUCCACAUCUGUACCAUCCAGAACGCAACACGCUAUUUGUCCAAUUCGACGAUCUUUUCUCUUUCAGCAAUAUGCUUGCAUCAGCACUUGAAUUGCAGUUUUACAGACUAUAUCCCUAUCUAUGUAGAGCUUUGCAUCUGACUGUUAUGGAUGGUUGUAACGAUGAUAAUAUAAGGCAACGAAUGCAAAGGAAAGAAUUUUAUGUCAGUAUCGGACAAAUUAGGAACAAACUCAGAGUUCGUGAAUUGACAGCUAGUAAAAUUGGUGCUUUAACGUGUAUUUCGGGACAAGUGGUGCGGACGCAUCCAGUACAUCCUGAACUUCAUAAAGGCGUUUUUAUUUGCGAUGACUGUGGAACGAAAGUUAAAAAUGUUGAGCAACAAUUUCGCUACACACCGGCAGAUUUGCAGCCAGCACAAUGCGCAAAUCAGCAAUGCAGUAAUCGUGGCCGUUUCCAGUUGGAUAUCUACGAAUCAUCAUUUAUCGAUUUUCAGAAAAUACGUAUGCAAGAAACCCAGACGGAACUGCCACGAGGUUGUAUCCCAUUAAGUUUGGAUGUAAUCUUACGCGGUGAACUCGUUGAAACCAUACAACCCGGCGAUCGAUGUGAUUUCGUCGGUGCACUGAUUGUUAUUCCAGAUGUAGCUCAGCUGAGUGCGCCAGGUCUUCGAGCAGAAGCUUCCAGCCGUAAUCGACGUCGUGGUAUAAGAAAAGAGGAAGGGGGUAUUACUGGCCUGAAGGCUUUGGGCGUGCGAGAUAUGAACUAUAAAUUGGCAUUUCUAGCAUGUAACGUUACGGCCUCAAUUCCUUCGUUUGGUAGUCGAGUUCUUGCACAUGAAGAUUUGGACCAUAAUGAGUUGUGGUCGCAAUUAUCUGAAAAUGAAAAGAAGGUGAUGCGUAAAAUGAGUGAAGAUAAAUCAAUCGCCCAAAAUCUUAUUCACAGCUUAUUUCCAGACAUUUAUGGGAAUGACGAGGUGAAGCUUGGCGUACUUUUGAUGCUUUUUGGUGGUGUUCAGAAACGAAGUGAAGGAGAAGGGACUACUUUGCGUGGCAAUAUAAAUGUUUGCUUGAUUGGUGAUCCAAGCACAGCGAAAAGUCAAAUUUUGAAGACAGUGGAGCAUUUUUCACCGAGAGCAAUUUAUACUUCCGGCAAAGCAUCGUCAGCAGCUGGUUUAACAGCAGCAGUUGUAAAAGACGAAGAGUCAUUUGAAUUUGUUAUUGAAGCCGGAGCUUUGAUGCUCGCGGACAAUGGUGUUUGUUGCAUUGAUGAAUUUGACAAGAUGGAUUUAAAAGAUCAAGUUGCAAUCCACGAGGCCAUGGAACAACAAACCAUAUCGAUAACGAAGGCCGGUGUAAAAGCAACGUUGAAUGCUCGUGCUUCAAUUCUAGCAUCAGCGAAUCCGGUUGGUGGCCGUUACGAUCGGUCACGGCCAUUAAAGAACAACAUACAACUGUCUGCACCUAUCAUGUCCAGAUUCGAUCUUUUCUUUGUUCUAGUUGAUGAAUGCAAUGAGAUCGUGGAUUACGCCAUAGCUCGCCGCAUACUGGACACUCAUCGUCAGCUAGCAACCCAAGAAAAACUAAAAACUGCAUACAAUCUAGACGAUAUCCAUCGUUAUAUUACUUUUGCUCGAUGUUUUAAGCCGAGGAUUGGCGAUGCAGCUGCGUUGCUUUUGGUUUCUGAAUACAAACGUUUACGUAUGAGUGACAGUAAUAAUGCGGCUACAUCAUCUUGGCGAAUAACUGUGCGACAAUUAGAAUCGUUAAUACGACUUUCCGAAGCACUUGCUCGACUUCAUUGUGAGGGCGAAGUCAAAGCAGAACAUGUUCAUGAAGCUUCAAAGCUACUGAGCAAAUCGAUAGUACGCAUCGAACAACCUGAUAUUGUUUUGCAAGAAGAUGAUGCACUUUUGGAAGCUGAAAUGAUAGACGAAGCGGAACUAAGUGAUCAAGGAGAAAGUGCUCUUCGUGAACGAAAUGGAGAAGCGGAAGGAAGUGCAGUUAGAACUGAAGAUGACGGGACGAGAAAAGUUGAUUCUGGGAAAUUGAAAAUCAAGAAAGUUUCCUUGAUUUAUGACAAACCAGCGCGGAUAGCCGAUAUGCUAGUACUGCAUAUCAGACAUGAUGAAGAAACAGAAGAAAACACUGAGAAUUGGGAAGGUGUUCGGCAAUCACAACUUGUUCAAUGGUAUUUGGAUAUGAUGGAAGAAAGCAUUGAUUCGGAAGAAGAGUACAAUCUUCAGAAAACUAUUUGUGAGCGUGUUAUCAGGCGCCUUAUCACGGAAGACAAUAUUCUGAUUCAGCUUAACGCAGAAACAGAUGAAGAUCCUGUUGUUGUUGUCCAUCCUAAUUAUGUCAUAAGUGAUGAAUAA